AUGUUGAGGUAUGCCAAAGAUACCAUUAACUACGGUCUCUUAUAUAAGAAUGGUGAUGAGGUUAACAUAGUUGGAUACUGCGAUGUUGAUUAUGCUAGUGAUCACAAUACUCGUCCAUCAACAACUCAAUAUGUAUUCAAGCUUGGAUCUGGAGUUAUAUCUUGGUGUAGCAAAAGACAACCAAAAGUGUCCUUAUCAACCACUGAAGUAGAAUAUAGAGUAAAAAUAAUGGAAGCUCAGGAAAGGACGUGGUUAAUGAAACUAAUGAAGGAUCUACACCAAUCUACAGACAAUGCAGUGCCACUUUAUUGUGAUAAUCAAUAUGCUAUUCGUCUAGUAGAAAAUCAAGCUUUUCAUGCUCGAACAUGUGAAGGUGCACUAUCAUUUUCUAAGAGAAAAUGUAUUGCAAGAGGAGCUAGAGAUGCACAAAGUAAAGAGCGAAGACUAGAUAGCAGACUUGUUUAG